CAGGCGCCCCUGAUUUGUCUUUUCUCUUUCAACCACCCUGGCCUUAUCGCUCACUUGCUUUACCAUAAACUCUUCUCUUCACAGAUGUCUGUUCUCACUCCCCAACUGACCUAAAGCGAAUGACGUGGGAACAGAGUCCACGUCUCCUCCCUGGGCAUUGCCUGUAAUGCUUUGCACAGAAACGCCGCGGUCCGUCCACCCGUGGCGCCGUGGACAGCCCCGAGAAAGCAGAGAACCCGCUCUCAGGGCUUGGGCAGCGCGGGUAAAAGAAAGACAGCACGUGGGAACGAGGCUGCCUCACUCCUACGCUCCUGGCAGUCCUGGCACUACAGAAAUGGCUGUGCAGUCACAAUGGACAGGGCACUUGAAACGGUCUUUGGGGUUGAUGGGCGGUGGGGGACAGACCUAGGUCUGAAAAUUAGGAGGAAAGGGGAAAGGAAGAAAGCUCUUGGCUGAGCACAGGCCUCUGAAUUUUCGGUCCUGCCUUAUUCUAAAAAGCACCCUCAGUCUUCUCCUUAAUAGAGAAGUGAAAUCUUCUGCAUUUCCUGCUGCUCCCUCCCGGAAGGUUUCACAUCUCCUUUGGCUGCCCGAGCAGAGACCAGACAGGGAACUCCGUGUGGCCUCGGCUGGCUGGCGGGCACCGCCCCCGCGCGGGCACGGGACCUCACCGCCGCCGUUCCUGCUCCCGCCAGCGCGAGCCUUGUAGACGGGGAGAAGGAUCCUGGCUCCCGCGAGGUCAGGCUCACCGCCCACCUGGGCCGAGGAGGAAGAACGUCAGGGGGAAGUGCGCGUGCCAGUGGGGAAGAGUUCACAUGGUUUUGAAACUGUCAAAAGAGAAAGCAAGGAGACGCUGGUUCUAAGAACAGAAGGAAUUCUGAGAACAGGGAAACAAAGACUUGGAUGGUCCAGUGGCUUUUCCCUUUAUCUGCCUCUCAGUGGGGGGCACCACUGGCUACUUUUAUGUGGGUCAUCUCAGCCCCAGGAUGUAGUGAGUGUGUGGGCUUGCUCGUGCGCGUGCACCAGUGUGUGUCUGUGUGUGAAUCUUUGGAGCUGUUUUCAAAAACUGUAAAAAGAGGACGCUGAACAAAUCUUUUAAGAUUAUAUGAGAUAGCAUGGAAAGGGUCUACCUAGUAUAGUAUCAGUUCCAAAGUAGAAGCUCUACAAACUUUGGACUCACCACCCCCAUUUUCUGUCCAUUCCCGCUCACCUGAUGGCUCAUUAGAGGAGGUGGGAUGUAGAAACAUCUUAUAAUGAAGGUGGGGUUGAGAGCGGGGGUUGCUGGGAAACACAACUUCAGUUAAUCUCAAUUAGUUACACAAGUCUUUUGUUUCUGAUAUUCAUCUUUCUGUUCAUUUUUGGUACAUGCUUCUUUUCUCUUCAUAAGUAUCGACUCUCCGGGGGUUGGGGGCUUUGGGGGAGGACAGGUAAGUGUGGUGUCAAGGGGCUCUCUCCUAAUCCUCUCUCAUUUAGCUCACUACUAAAUCAAAUCCAAAAGCUUGCAGAAACUAAUGCGGGGAGACGCAGCCCUGCAGCCACUGGGAACAGAGAGAAGCCAAUUUCAGGUUUUAAAUUUGUGAUGGAAAAAGCCACCAACUGUAUAGUUCACAAUGGGAUAGGAGAAUGAAUUGCCAUUUAAAACCUGCCUUUUCCAGGGGAAGUAAAGGAGGGAAGCUUUAUCUUAUUUUUUCUAGUGGCAUCAUAGUGCAGGGACCUGCUCUGGGACAGAUAGGACCAGUGGGAGAAACACACAGGAGAGUGUUGAGUUUGGGGGAGACAGGCGAGCUUUGGGAACUGGUCCAUUACCAGCUAUUUAUCAAGGGUUUAAGUGGCAUUGUCCUGCGGUCUACCUUGAGACGGCUCAGAGUAGUUGAGGGUAGGAUUUCCUAGCUCCAAAAAAGCAGGAAGGACGAAAUGCUGCUCUGCAAGAAGCAAUGGAAUCCCAGGGAGAGAUUUUCCAGUCUCUGUCUCUGACCUCUAAAGUGGAACUGCUUCCCUUAUUCUGCAGUCGCGCUUUGAGGCCAGAUAACCCUGCACUCUCCCUGUGCCUCCUUCCAUCUUAACAUCCCUGUCUCUGCCACCUGCUCCGGAAGGGCCUUUCAGCUCCCGCCUCCAUCUCCCGGGUGACAGGACAGACCAAGGGUUACGCAAUAUCUUUCUAAGUAACCUCCCUCUAAGGGACAAGAGAAGUUACCUAGUCUCAGUCUUGGAAGGAUAUUGAAGGGAAACAGUUAAACCAGUGGGCAGCCCAGGCUACAUAUGUUCUGGGAAUAUUGGGAUUAUUCUCUCCAGUGAUCUAAGGAAAUCCACCUACAGACUGCUCUUUCCCACAGGGAAAGAGUUAAGAGACAUGGUUGUUUAAAGCCUAGGGCAGGAUAAGAUUUACCUGGUAACUGAUGAUGCUGGGCUGAAGCACUUAGUGAUUUGCCUCCGUAUUUGUCCCCGCCCAUCUAAGCAAUCUGACAACUGUUAGUUUGGGACCCGUUUAGAAGAGCUGGUAGGAACAGGCUAGGGGCUGGGUGGCUCCAGACCACUCCUUUAGUGGGGGCCAAGGAGCUGGGGUUAUACUCCAUUCCUCUCAGGGUCUGGACAUCAUUUACCCAGGCUGGGGUUGCAGGAGCAGGCGAGGACCAGGGCCCCUGGAAGAAUUGGUCCAGGGGACUGAAUUCCUGGCGUGUCCCCAGAGCAGAGCAUGACCACACUCCUGCCAUUGCUGCUGGGCCUCAGCCUGGGCUCCAUCGUAGCAGGUGGCUUUAUAGCCCAUGUGGAAAGCACCUGUCUGUUGGAUGAUGAUGGGACUCCAAAGGAUUUCACAUAUUGUGUCUCCUUCAACAAGGAUUUGCUGACGUGCUGGGAUCCAGAGGAGGCCAAAAUGGCCCCUUGUGAAUUUGGCACACUGAAUGUUUUGGCCAAGUACCUCUCAGAAUUCCUCAACCAACAGGAAUCCCUGCUCCAGCGCUUGUCUAAUGGGCUUCAGGACUGUGCCACACAUACCCAGUCUUUCUGGGAAUCACUGACCCACCGGACACGGCCACCAACUGUGCAAGUAGCCAAAACCACUCCUUUUAACACGAAGGAGCAUGUGAUGCUGGCCUGCUACGUGUGGGGCUUCUAUCCAGCUGAUGUGACCAUCUCGUGGUGGAAGAACGGGCAGCCUGUCCCUCCUCACAGUAGUGCCCCUAAGAUGGCCCAGCCCAAUGGAGACUGGACAUAUCAGACCGUCUCCUAUUUAGCUAUAACCCCCUCUUAUGGGGACACCUACACCUGUGUGGUGGAGCACAUCGGGGCUCCUGAGCCCGUCUAUGAGGACUGGACACAUGGGCUGUCCCCAAUGCAGAUAGUGAAGGUUUCUGUGUCUGCAGCGACUCUGGGCCUGGGCUUCAUCAUUUUCUUUCUUGGUUUGCUCAGCUGGCGGAGAGCUGGCUCGUCUGGCUACAUUUUCCUCCCUGGGGACAGUUAUCCAGAAGGUCAACACGUCAAUUAGAGGCGGAGUCCUACACCUUCUACCUCAAGUGUGAAGAUUCAAACUCUUAGUGAUGCUGCUGUGUUCCCCCACCAUCCUCAGACCCUACAAAUUUUCUUGGAUCCUAUGGUUUCUCCAUCCAGAUCUUUGAACUUCCCAGCCGACCCCAUGUACACCUUAGCAAGUUGGGGGAACUCAUUCCUGGGAAUAUUCUGUAAUCAAGUUGUUGUCCAAGGCUAUAUUUCUGGGUCAAAUAUCAUCUGGGGAGGGAGGUUAAAGGCCUUUCUGGAGGCCACACUGUGCCACAGGGGCCAAUGAAUUGCUGGCAGUCAUCUCUGAGGAAUAAACUCUGGUCGAAAUACUGUU